GCUGCAGGCUCCAUGGGCCGGGCUGCUGCCCCCGCCAGCCGAGCCGCCAGCUCGCCGUCGUGGUGCCGGACGCCGUGAUGGAGGUGGACGUCAACAUGGCGGCCGCCAACGCCACGCCCCCACCGCCAACGCCACGGAGCUGCCGCUGGACAUGAAGUUCAACGACGGCCACGUGGUGGCGGUGGCGUGCUACCCCUUCCUCAUGAUCGUGUCCGCCGUGGGCAACAUCACCGUCCUCGUCAUCCUGCUGCGGCGGCGCAAGCGGAACCGCUCCCGCAUCAACAACAUGCUGCUGCACCUCUCCAUCGCCGACCUGCUGGUGACGUUCCUCAUGAUGCCGCUGGAGAUCGCGUGGAACUGGACCGUGGACUGGAGGGGCGGCGACGCCCUCUGCCGCAUCAUGUCCUUCUUCAGGAUCUUCGGCCUGUACCUCUCCAGCUACGUGCUGGUGUGCAUCAGUCUGGACAGAUACUUCGCCGUGUUGCGGCCCAUGCAGAUCUCUGACCGGCGGGGCCGCUGGAUGCUCACCGGGGCCUGGGUGGCUGCGGUCAUCUGCAGCCUGCCGCAGAUGGUGGUGUUCCAGGCGCUGCCGCACUUCGAGCACAAGUGGUACAUGCAGUGCAUCACCAUGGGCACGCUCACGACCCCCAUGGCGGAGGUGACGUACGCCGCGUUCGGCAUGGUGGCGCUCUACCUGCUGCCGCUCGCCGUCAUCAUCUUCUCCUACGCCUCCAUCCUGGUCGAGAUCUUCCACCGCUCCAGGGACCCCAUCGACG